GGACGCGGCGCGGCGGGAGCGGCGAACCGGCGGAACGGGGCAGAGCGGCAGCGGAGCGGCGGCGGCGCCGGAGAGGAGGAGGAGGAGGAACAAAUAAACAAUCAUAAUAAUAAUUCAUAAUAAUCGUAAUCGUAACGAUAAUAAGAAUUUUUUUAUAAAACAAAAAAAAAGAGAGAGAGAGCGAGGAGGAGGAGGAAAAAAAAAAAAAAGCCAACAGCCCCCCCACACCCCCGAGCCCAAAAGAGGGAGCGAGAGAGAGCAAGAGCGCAGCGGCCGGGCGGAGCGGCGGAGAGGAAGAAUUAAAGCGAGCGAAGGAGGGAGGAGAGACAGAGCAGAGAGAGAGGAGGAAAGAGGAGGAGGAGGAAAAAAAAAAAGCCCACAAAAACAAAGCGAUCGCAGUUGAUGUUGCUGCUGCAAGCUGGACUUCCAAAAACUACGGCGAGACCGACCGCUCUCCGCGCCGAGAAGAGUCUCCUCCGCUGUGCGUGUUUUUUUCCGCUGUGUGUGUAAUCUUUAACCUUUUAUUCAUUCUUAUUUUGAUGGCUUUCCUGAAUGGCUGACUGCGAGCUUCCCUGGACCUGGCCCCCAGACACCCGCCUCUCCUCCUUCAACUACUCUGCUGCAGAUCAGCUCUAAGAGAGAGAGAGGGAGAUCUUUGAAGAGAUUUUUUUUUUUUUCUCCUCUCUCUCUCUCUCUCUCUCCCCCUCUCUCCCCCACCCCCACCACCCCUUUACUUUGCUCUCCUGGAGCCCAGACAAUCGACUCGCACCUCGCCCCCCCGCACACACACCUCCAUCGCCCCGUGCUUCUGCACCUUCGCCGGUACCGGGAGAUCCCCCCCACCCCGACCCUCCUGAAAAAAAAAAAAAAAAAAAAAAAGGAAAAAAAAAAAAAAAAAAUAAAAAGACUGCUGCAAAGCUGAUCUGAAAAGCAAAGCAAACAAACUUUGAAAAUAAAGGGGGAACAGGAAGUUUGGCAACGGUGUCCAAUAGAUAUGGCAAUGGUAGUCGGUGCGUGGCGAGACCCCCAGGACGAUGUGCCCGGAGCUCAGGGAACGCAGCCUUCGCAAGCCCCGCCGGUGCAGGGACCCCCGGCCGGGGCCCCGCACACCCCACAGACCCCGGGGCCCGGGGGCCCUCCCAGUACGCCAGCCCAGACCAACCCGCCGAGCCAGCAGAACCAAGGAGACAAGCAGCAGCAGCAACAGCACAUUGAAUGUGUGGUUUGUGGGGACAAGUCUAGUGGCAAACAUUAUGGCCAGUUUACCUGCGAGGGUUGCAAGAGUUUCUUCAAGCGGAGUGUAAGGAGGAAUCUCAGCUACACUUGUCGUGCCAACAGGAACUGUCCCAUUGACCAGCACCACCGCAAUCAGUGUCAGUACUGCCGCCUCAAAAAAUGCCUCAAAGUUGGCAUGAGACGGGAAGCGGUCCAGAGGGGCAGAAUGCCACCCACACAGCCAACUCAUGGUCAGUUCGCCUUGACAAAUGGGGACCCUCUCAACUGCCAUUCCUACCUAUCCGGAUAUAUCUCCCUUCUUCUGAGAGCAGAGCCCUACCCCACCUCCCGCUUUGGCAGUCAGUGCAUGCAACCCAACAACAUCAUGGGCAUCGAGAACAUUUGUGAACUGGCAGCUAGGAUGCUCUUCAGCGCGGUGGAGUGGGCCAGGAAUAUCCCCUUCUUCCCAGACCUCCAGAUCACAGACCAGGUGGCCCUCCUGAGGCUGACCUGGAGCGAGUUAUUUGUCCUCAACGCUGCCCAGUGCUCCAUGCCCCUCCACGUAGCUCCGCUCCUGGCAGCUGCUGGCCUCCACGCUUCGCCAAUGUCUGCUGACCGAGUGGUCGCCUUUAUGGACCACAUACGAAUCUUCCAAGAGCAAGUAGAAAAACUGAAAGCAUUGCAUGUCGACUCUGCAGAAUAUAGCUGUUUAAAGGCCAUAGUCCUCUUCACCUCAGAUGCCUGUGGUCUCUCUGAUGUAGCCCAUGUUGAAAGUUUACAGGAGAAGUCACAGUGUGCUUUGGAAGAGUAUGUUAGGAGCCAGUAUCCCAACCAGCCAACACGAUUCGGGAAGCUAUUACUACGUCUCCCCUCCCUUCGCACUGUCUCCUCUUCUGUCAUAGAGCAAUUGUUUUUCGUCCGUUUGGUAGGUAAAACCCCCAUAGAAACCCUAAUCAGGGAUAUGUUACUGUCUGGCAGCAGUUUUAACUGGCCUUACAUGUCCAUUCAAUAAAACAUCCAAGAGAGAGAAAAAGGAAAAGAAAAAAAUAAAAAAAACCACCAAGACAAAAAUUUUAAAAAAUAAAUAAAUAAAAUCAAAAUUGAGAAGGGAGAUGAGAGUGAAAGGAAAGCAAAUGACAUUUGGGUUCUGGUUGUUUCUUAAAUUUCCUUCUGCUAAGAAAGGAUGUAAAAGGAUGUUACAAGUUUGCUAAGAGAAGACAGGAAAAAUUAAUGGACUGUGAAUUAAAAAAAGAGACUGUCAAAUGAACUUUUACAGAAUGCAUUAAAAACUCCCGUGUUGUUCAGAAAAAAAACUUGCUACUUAUCAUUUUUUUUGUAAAAAAUAAAAAAGAGGGAAAGAAAAAAAGAAAGAAGAAGAAAAGAAACGAUGGUGGGCUUUUUCUUUUUUUCUUUUUUCUUCUUUUUUUUUCUUUUUUUUGGGGUAAACUUUUUAAAAAAUCUCGCUUAAAGUGCAUUUAAAGGAAAUUUGGAGAAAAUUAGCAGAACGGAAGAAAGUAAGUCUUUUUUUUCCAAAUUAUUAAUUGUCCUAUGUGUCUAUGUACCUAUAGCUGUUCUUUUUUGUAUUUUUCUGGUUUCAAACCAGUUUAUUCUGUGGUUCUAUAAUAAUUUUUGAUAUAACCUUGGCUUCUUUAAAAAAAAAUAAACUGUGUAUCCUUAAAAUAUAUGUUCUGAAAGAAUUAAAACUGAGUCCACGAAAGUAUCAUAGGAAGAAAGGAAAGAGAAAAAAAAAAACCCUCAACAACACAAUGAUGGAAGCGCACUUAAGGUGGUGACCCAAAAUCUAGCUUGAAGCUGAGAGAGCUAUAAUUAUAUAGACCCGAAUGAACCACACGUGUCAUAUAACUCCCCCCAAAUCUAGGUUUUUUUGAUAUUUCGGACAGAAAAUGGACUGUGGGGAUUUAUUAUAGGUAGAAGGAUUUUGUGUCCAAGACACACUACGGUUUUGAUUUAAAAAAAGGAAAACACAAACAAGCAAACAAGCAAAGUGAACUUUUGUAAUUUGAAUUGGGUUCCACAUAGUUCAUCAUGAAUUGUUAUUAAACUCCUCUAUCUGUUUGUAUAUUUGCAAGCCCUUUGUAUUAUAAUAAUUGUUGAUAUUUUCCCUUUUUAAAAAAUACCAUUGAAAUCAGCAUGACAAAAUAACACUGUUGGCACUUAUAGAUAACGUGAUUGAUUCAGUAUCUUAGAGUUUACAGUUUUGUGUUUAAAAAAACUGAAGGUUUUUUUUUUUUUAAGUGCAACAUUUCUGUAUACUGUAAAAGUUAUAAUAACUGAACUGUUUGGUCGAGUCUUUGUGUGUUAUAUUCCAAGGAAAAUUGAAAGUAUUCAGAAAUUAAAAUAUUAUUUGAUAUCUGAAACUUGUUUGGCUGUCAUAAAUGUCUUUCAGAAACCACAUUACUUCUCUAUAGUUUGCAGUCAUUUAAGUCCAUAGGCGAUUGAUUUGUUUACUUGUCACAGUAAGUUUGUAGCAGAUGUAUUGUAGUGUAUUUACCUGUUUAAUUCCGGGAUGGGGGUGGAGGACUUAAGUUCGUGGUUUAUCUCUGGUUUUAGGAAGUACUAUGCUGAAAUGGUAAACCAUCAACCCCCAUUCAUCUAAUCCUCCUGUUAAUUAAAAAUGGAUUUUCUGGAAAAAAAAAAAA